AUGAUAAAAAGGCCGCGCUUUUUCUCGUCACCUCGAACUCUUGGGAAUUGGACGUUUCGUGUCCUUCUUUUAAGUUCCCUUGUCGUCCUCUACUUCUGUUUAAGCUUCAUCUUUCCCUUUCCCUCGCCGUCGCUUUCCCUAACUUUUCCGACCGGCUCGAAUUCCGUUUCUUCUGCGUACAACCAGCAACUCGAGAAUCUCCGAAAGGUGUUUUAUUACACCAUGGAUCGCCAGCUCGCUGGCAUUCGCGAUGUUGCCCUUGUUCAUUUGCCAUGCACUGCCGACUCUGAAAACUUCUUGUCCAUCUUGGGCCAAAGGCAGUAUUUGAAGGAAAGGAAUAUUUCCGUUCGUUUUGAGUCCUGUUCUUCUAAAUUCAAGCAAUCAGUAGCUAAUGCCACCUUUCCUAAACUUCACCCUAUGUACGCUGCUGUCCUUCACGCCGCUCCCAUAAAAAGUUCUCCUUUCAACCUACAAGACGUUGUCACUUCCUCACAGCCGUCCCUCAAUAGCAUUCGUCAGUUCAAAUUACGCUCUUUUCCUGUUAAUUAUCCUUUUUUUGUUGAUGAUAAUAUGCAGCGCGCAUUACACGCUAUGCGUGGCCGUGGCCAUCCAGACGCCUAUUUGACCUCGUCUCGCAUUACCGAAGACACUAGAUACGCACGCUCUGGGGCUGGCACCUUUACAUUUGCUCCUGAUUCUUCCAUCACAUAUUUAAAUCAACUAAAUCAUUUCUACCAACCUAAAGGGUCGAAAAAUAAGGUAAAUCUUAUUUUAUCCAGGGAUCAUAAUGUGCCUAUAGCGGGUUCAAGAGCCAUCAAGUAUCCUUGGGCAAUUAAUUUUUGGGGUCCCGAACAGGACAGGAAAAUCUUGAAUGUCAAUACUACUCUCGUUGAGCAAGCAACCCAAAUGCUUGAUUAUGCACAACUUUUAGUAAGUGAGUCCCCUUACUUUAUAACGGAUAAAUUUCAAUUGCAUCUCCUUGCUACUUAUGCAAAUUUAAAGCAUGUGUACAUAAUAAAUGAUUAUGAGUCCGAAUUUGGCAAAUACGAGCUUGACUGGUUACAGGGUCUUCAUUCGAAAGGGAAUAUAGCAGUCGCUAAGGAUCUAUAUUCAGCAAUGUUGGUUGUGAAGGACUGGUUAGGCGAUAAUUAG